UGCGUCCCUUUGGUCCGUCGGCCACCUCCUCUGCCACCGCGGCUGUUGGCGGCGGCGCAGGCGGCGUGCGCGGUGCUGAGCGACGCCACGGGGCCCUUCGCGGUGUGCCACGGCGCCGUGCCGCCCGCCUGGUGGGCCGGCGUCUGCGUGGCAGACCUGGCGGCGGCUUUGUCGGCGCCGACGCGCGGUGACGGGCGGGAGGCGCGGUGCCGCGUGAUGCACGCGUACCACACGCGCUGCCGGCUGCGGCGCGUCUUCAUCGGGGAGUGGAGGACCGUGGCGGGCUGCGACGAGGCCUGCCCAGCGAACAGCCGCCUCGAGACGUGCACGUCUGUGUGCCCGCCGUCGUGCGCGAUGACCACCUCCGACUGCGAGUGGCCGUGCGUGUCGGGCUGCCAGUGCAAGCGCGGCUUCUUCCGCCAGGGCGGCACCUGCGUGCCCCCGGAGGGCUGCGGCUGUUUCGACGGCAGCUCCUACUACGCGGUGGGGCGUCGGUUCAGGGAGUCGGACUGCUCCACGCUCUACACCUGCCAUGGAAACCGCUCGCUGACCCAGCGCCGUGACCCCUGCGAGCCUGGCUACAAGUGCCAGCUGCAGGACGGCGACUACGGCUGUGUGGCGGCUGAUGAGAUGACCGUGGGGUGCUUUAACGAGCGGAUGAUGGUGGCCAUCUCGAAGCGCCUGGUCCUGGGCCAGAACGUCUCUUCCCUCUCGCUCAUCUCCUCUGGUCCAGGCUGCGAGCUCCGUGACACGGGGCCGAUCAUCUCCUUCAACAUCUCCCUGCGCGAGUGUGGCACCAUCUUCAAGGAAACGAAGGACUACUUUGUGUUCAAGCAAACGGUGACGUUGAAAAACAUCUCUGCGAACAUCAUCACCUACGAGUGGCUGAUCGUCAUCAUCACUGCUGUAUGCAAAAUCCCAAGGACAAAGCUCCUGAGCGAAGACCCGUUCCGUGUCAACACGACCAGCGUAGCGCUGAGCCAAGUGGCGUACAGCGACCUGCACCUCCGGAUGGAUCUGUUCCAGACGCCGGACUUCGCGAGGCGCUACGAGCCGCUCGAGUACCCCAUCGCCGUGCGGCCCCGACAGCCCCUCUACCUGCAGGUGUCGAUCCGCACCGGCCUGGAGCUCGCCGCCUUCACGGUGGACUGCUUCGCCACGCCGGGCAGCAGCCCCCAGGGACCCUACAAGGCCUACCUCGUCCGCGAUGGUUGCCUCCAGAUGGAUACCGUCAACCUGACGCUGAGCGACAUCGUCCGGCGGUUCUCCUUCAAGGCGUUUGGAUUCGCCGGCUCUAAAACGCUGUACGUCCACUGCUCGACCAUCGUGUGCGGGAAGACCAAGGCGGCGUCGCGGUGCCGGCAGGGCUGCCUGUCGCAGAGGAGGCGGAAAGAGGCGGCGAAUGCGGUCGAGGGUGACGAGGAGACGACGGUGUUCGUCCUGACACGGGGGCCCUUCGUAUGGGAGGGGGACGACGACAAAGUGGUGGCGGAGACUGAGGGCACCGACACCCAAGGAACUUUUGCAGCCGUCGCUGGGAUCUUCGUGGCCCUGCUUCUGUUCCUCGUCCUCCUCGGCGGAGUCCUGUGCAUCGUCGAGGCCCUCUGCAGCAUGGACGCUGGACCGCCUGGCGGGUUGGGGGAUUUAAAAGUGGUGCAAGACGGCAAAAAAUCUUGUGCGAAACAUUAAAACGAGAACCAAUAAAGGAAUCCGCAAAA